GUUCAUUUCAGUAGUCCAGCUUUGAACUAGGCUCAUGAUUCUGAUACCUGAAGUCCUCUCUUACGAUGGAAGCACACGAAGGAUGCUAUGCACUGUACGUAGAUAACACUUGUCCGUUGCAGCGUGAAAGCUCCUCGUGUUGACCUUGCCUCGUCGUCGUCGAUUCGUCUUGGCAGCGUCACUGAAGCUGAGAUUUUUCUCAUGGCUUCUUCCACACGACGGAUGUCAAGUUUCCUCUGUCAAUAACUACGGAACCGCCAGUCGUCUACGCAACAGGUGCUAACGUCAAGUAUCUUAGGGCCUCGUGCUCAUCGUUAUAGCGACUUGCUAUCAGCGUUCGUUUUAGGCCACUUCUGCGAGGCCCUUCAGACCAAACCCUCACUCAGAACAGCUUCUCUGGCUGCAAUCUAACAGCGUCAGUCAGUGCUCCGGCAAUCAUGAAUAUUCCUGCUCCAGGCUCCGUUUCCGUUCGCAGCUCGUCUCUUGUCCCUCCGCCAGGCACUCGCAUUUGCGUCGCUGCAUCACCUAGAUCAUUGCCGUCCGAAAAGGACAGACAGUCCCGAACACAUGACAGCUUUCGGCUACGAGAAAACCCGCGAAACUCGAUCAGAGGAAUUCCCGGAAGAAGGUGCUUGUGGAAUGAUGAGACGCCUCAUUGCUGUAAAUCUUAUUCCUUGAGGAGUGUGAGAAGCAGUUCGAGGAGCAGUUUGGGAAGCAGCUUGGGAAGCAGUAUGGGAACUGGCAUCAGAAGCAGCAUGAGAACACUCUUGAGAAGCAGUAUGAGCAGUAGUGUAAGAACACCCAUGAGCAGCAGCAGCCUCAGGUCGGAAGCGUUCAGAGACAGAAUGAGAUCAACGGCUGCAGAAUCCCCUUCUUCCAAUAUGGUGUCGAGAUCAACGGCUACGAUUGGAGUGUCCAAGAGCGUGGACCGUCGCGAUGUUCUCCGGGUUGUUUGUUCAACAUCGGAAGCUUCCAGUCAGGCCGCGUCGACUCAGAGACAAAGCGAAUUAAGGAUGGCGCAGCAUACCCAACAACCGGAGCAACUAUCUCAACAGGCAAGGCAGGAACCACAGUCCCAGCAACCCUGGCAGCAGCAGCAGCAGCCGCCGUGGCAGCGACAGCAGCAGGAGCAGGACCAGGCAAAGCAAGGGAAGAAGGCGGGGCAAGGGAAGACCCAACAGUCCCAGGCGCAAUGGCAGGCGGCCAUCAGCAAAUCCGGCGUGCAGUCAGCCGCAGCACCCAUGGGAACCGAGCGGCACCUCGCCACAGCGAUGCUGUUCCUCGUAGCCCUCUCGGUCUGCCUCUGGCUGGACGUGAAAACCGCAACGGACCUGCUUGUAUCGGGUACGAGGGCGUUCGUGCAGCUGACAGCCGUCGGAUUGGGGCUCAAGUACAUCUUCACCAUUGACAGCUCGCACCCUGUCUUCGUCGCCGUGGCAGUCAUGGUCGUGAUAGCAUCGUACACGGCCUCCCAGAGGGCCAAGUCCGUGCCUCGAGGCUUCUGGGUGGCGCUGGUGGCUGUGGCUACCGGCACUGUCACUGCGCUCUCGCUCCUCGUCAGCUUACAGGUGGUGCGGCUGCGACCGCGGUUUGUGAUUCCCAUCGGGGGCAUUGUGGUGGGCAGCAGCAUGACCAUCGCUGCCAACACCAUGCAGCGACUGGCGGACGACUUCGAGCAGAGGAGAGGGCAGCUAGAGGCAGCACUAGCCCUGGGCGCCAGCCAAUGGGAGGCCUCUCUCCCUCUCAUCAAGCGCGCGGUGGCCGUGGGCUUCGGCCCGACGAUAGACUACACCAAGACAGUGGGGCUGAUUCAGCUCCCAGGCUCCAUGACCGGGAUGAUCAUGGGGGGAGCGUCCCCCCAAGAAGCGGUGAAUCUGCAGAUUACCAUCACGUUUCUUCUUUUGGGAGCUCUUUCGCUCUCCUGUAUUGUGUCGGCGCUUCUAGCUGCCCCACAGUUUUUUCAUAGCCCAGCGCAGCUGCUAGAGACUUGGUGAGACAAUUUGUUGUUUCUAGGCCGAGCGCUGCAUUGUUCUUGGCACGUUCUAGAUCAAUGAAGCAUGCAUGUUGAU